GAGGAGAGGCGCGAAGCGAAGCUUCAACAGUUCCCGUGCUGCCUUCUCUCGCCUUGGAAGAUGAGGCGGCUGUCCCUACCUUGCCUGCGCUGGGGCGUCAUGCUGUCUGUUGGAACCCGCCGUCUCCUUGUGGUGGUGGCAGUGGCACAUGCCUUUAAUCUCAGCACUCAAGAGGCACAGGCAGGAGGAUAUCUGUGAGUUCGAGGCCAGCCUACUCUUCAGAUUUUUUCCUGCAAUACAGUGGAUACAGUUUGUCACAGCUACUCUGAGUGUUAUAGGUUCAAGUUCGCUGAUCACUUAUGCUGUGUCCCAGAACCCACAGAUGUCUGCAAAGAUAAAACCACUCUUUUAUCUGAGCUUUUCUGACCUGCUCCUGGGAAUUUGCUGGCUUAUAAAAGCACUUCUCUAUGGAACUUCAGCACCCCACAAGGACAGCAUCUGCUAUAACCUGCAGACAGUUGGAGAGAUACUAUUCAUUGCCUCACUCUUCUGCACCGUCAGUUACAUCUGGUAUCUGUACACAGAGCUGAGGAUGAGAGACAGCCAGAGUGGACGGAGCACAACUGCUCAGGUGAUAAAUCAUACUUGUCAAAGUAGUCACAUAGUAUUCAUUUUGUCAAGCCUGCUACCUCUGCUGCUGAUGACACCUGUGUUUUGUCUGGGCAAUGUCAACGAAUGCUUCCACAACUUUAGCCAGAGCCACAGGUGUCUCCUAAUGCACUCGCCCCCGUCAGCCAUGAUUGAACCCCUGCCUUCCACCAACACAUCUGUCUGCAGUGUGCUCUAUUUUUAUGGUGUCACUGUUUUCCUGGCCAGCUUUUUCUUCAGCCUCCUCCUCAUCACGGUCUUGCUCUUCCAUGCCCAGUCAUUGUAUAAGAAGUUUGUGAAAUCGACAGGCUUUCUGGAGAGUGAGCAGUGGGCAGCGAUUUACACUGUGGGCCAGCGAAUGCGCUUCUUCCCGGUAGCCUUUGUAUGCUGCUGGGGCCCAGCUGCCACACUGUUGAUCAUAGAGCUGACCAAGCCCCAGGACACCUCCCUGCACAUGGCUUUCUCUGUGCUCCAGGCUCUCACAGCAGCAUCCCAGGGUCUGAUCAACUGUGGCAUAUAUGGCUGGACACAGUGCAAGUUCCAGCAGCUAAAGCGUGAGCCUCGCCAUGAUGCAGAUACUCAGACCCCAUUGCUGUGCUCACAGAAGAGAAUCUAUAGCAGGAGCCUAGACCCACCGGAGUUUUCUCUUGCUUUUGCUUCCAGCUCUUCCACCAUUCUUUGAAACUAUGGAACUAGCACAUCCCGGAAGUGAAUGUUUCAUGUGAGUGGAUUCUGCAGGUCUGCAGGGAACACCCCCAUCUUUUCUGGCAUACUCCAGACUGGAGAAAUAAAAGGGAAUGUAAGCUGUGGUCAGUAAUGGUUCUGGGUGAAUUAGGAAGGAUCUCUCCAGGUGCUCAUUCAGGGAGGUAUAGCUACUUUCUAUCUUAAGAGAUUCAUUACUUUUUCAGAUACUAGAUUUGUUUACAUCUCUUCAAGAAAAAAUAAAUUUCAGGUUCACAUAUAUGUGUGUCAUUUGCAAACUCUGCUCCACAAAAACAAGGGAAGUAGGAAGCCAUGCAACAACUUGCAGGUGUGCAGUGAGGUUUCAUGGAGACCUGAGAAUGCUCACACAGCCAAAAUGCUCUGCUGUAUCCGUCAUUUGUAGUAUUUUAGUGUUUUUCAAGUUGUUUAUUAUAACAAUUUUAUAUAGAAUUUUUUAAACUUUUUUUUUUGUUUUGUUUUUGUUUUUGUUUUCGAGACCUGUGGCUUUGGAGCCUGUCCUGGAACUAGCUCUUGUAGACCAGGCCUUCCUCGAACUCAGAGAUCCGCCUGCCUCUGCCUCCCGAGUGCUGGGAUUAAAGGCAUGUGCCACCACCACCGGCUCAAUUUUUUUUUUAAACUUUAUCUAAAAAUAUAAGUAGAUUUGGUGGCUGUAUCCAUCUGAAAUAUUUAUGACUAAGCAAAGCUUCCUUAGUGACCAGUAGAGCUAUGGUGGCAGAAUUGUAUGUCCUAUACAUGGUGAGAGGAAUUGGUCACAGUUGUUAUGAAAACCACAGAGGCCCCAUAGUUAGAGCCAUGGCUCCCAGGACAGUGGCAGUAGUCACCACAGCUCAGCCAGCCCUAGGAUUCUUAGUGUUCCCAACAUCAUUAUUCCUUGAGCCCUACCAAGCUCAAGGCAGCUUUUUGUUUUCUCCACAACAUUGACUGUCAGUCCAGCAUCUAAACGGUUUUUUAGCACUUCUUUCGCAGACAUACUGGUAGUGUUUUAUGGGUAACAGUGAGACCAGAAGCUCUCCAGGAUUUAGGUCAGAAGAAACUUCCUUAUAUAAUGAACAGAAGUGACCUAAAGUGAGUUUCCUGAGCACACCCAGGUCAAAACUUGUGCCACAGAGUGGUGGGAAAUGUAACGGCCGGCAGCAUGGAACAGAUCAGAAGAAAGCCCUUUGCCUGACUUGUGGGUUUUGUCUGCAUUCAGUCUGUAAUAGCUAGUCAAAACAGAAUGCAUAUCUAUUUAUAAGAACAUGGUGUAAAUAACUAUGGAUAUACUAAUAUGCCUUGGAACUCUAGUAAUAAAGAAUAAUUUACAGAAAAAAAAAAC